AAGAAUUCAAUACUUGGAUUCCUUAAACGAAAAUUUCAAUUAUUUUCUUCUUCCAAUAAAUGAACUAAAAUUUUAAGCAAACGAAAUCAAUUCUGAAGCUCAAGUGCCAAAAGUUAUGAAAAGGUUACUUGAUGUCAGGUGUUCAAACCUUGGAGUUCGCCCGGCGGGUUUACCGGGUCUGCCGGGCGGGACGGGUCAACCGGGUUUAACGGUUCUGGACGGUCCGAUCGUCCAAACGGGUUUAGACAUUCAUCCGACCCGUUUCAGCAACCGG